CAGUAACGAUGAGCAGGAAAAGUGCAGAAGGACAUGAACGAUGACCAUGGAACAGUGUUUCACGGAAUGAAAAGAGGGCAGUAACGAUGAGCUGGAAAAGUGCGAAGAAGGAAAUAGUGGAGCUAGAAGAGAAAAUCGGACAAUGAACUGCAGAAAAAGAGGGCAGCAGUUGCAGUUAUUGGUUCAAUUACAAUACAACACACCACAUCGUCAGAUAAUGACAGGAGGUAGUCACUCACCACCUGAUCUUACGCAUGAAGAUUCAUUCUAAGCUAGCGAGCUUGGUCUGCCACCACUAAACACGUCGCAUGAUAUUCUUGUGCUCUCCUGCUCUCUACAACAAGACAGAGUAUAUGAUGUGUUCAUCAGUCCAGUCAGUAGUACCUGGAAUGGACCUGCGCCGCAGCUACAUACUGGAGGCAGACUGAUCAUCUAUUUAGAAUUCCAGGACACCAAACACGAGAAAGUAUGCACUUGGGUUGACAGCCGUAUCAUGUGCACUAGGUAUCAUCUAUGUCACUCUCGAUGAUUCUCCACACCUCAGAGACAUCGCUGAUCUCUACAUGAAACACAGCCGUGGUCGAGUCUUACCAUAGUCACUGACUGUCAUUCCUCUGGAUGGUGGGUAAGGGAAUGUGCCAAGUUCCUGGAUGAGGAGGGAGUGAAGCCAUGUGGACACUCAGCCAGGGAGACAGGCAUUCUUCUGAAGGUCUAUGCAUCAUGUCAGGCAGGCCAAGACUCAGCUGAACUAGCCUACACCAUACGAGCCAUGGAACUAGAAAAUGGAACUUUGUCUCACUACACUGACAGGGACUUCAGCAAUCUGCAACAUACAUUUGGUGUUGAUUUCACAAGGGGUGAGGUGCGGCAAGGGAGAGGAAGAGAAAAUGCAGCGUUGCCUCAGAUGCCACCUGGUCCACUGCUGGGGAAUUGGUAGCUCACCCACAAUCCAUUCUUAAAGGAAAAAACCAAGCAACAUCAAAGAAGCAGCAACAAGCUAUCAUGGAGGAGUUUGAGGAAAAAAUUAAGAUUGCAAAUCAAAAGCAACUACCUGUAGUUAUGAUUAUUGGUUCUAUCAUGCCACCACCAUCAUCUGGAAGGAGGUCAUCUGUAGUGGUCCAUCAGACUCCAGCUGAUCUGUCAGAGAGUGAUCGUCAGGUACUGAAAGGUCUUGGCAUACCUCCAGACAAGUGGAACAACCUCAAUGCUCUGUGGGCUCUCCACAACAAGACUAAGCGUGGGGUGUUCUCAGUCCAAUUUCUCCACUACUAUGGCAACAGUCAGAGGAACACUGGUGACUGGAGUUUCAGAGAUGGUUUCAUCACCUUCAGAGACAUCGCUGAUCUCUACAUGAAACACAGACCGUAG